AAUUUUCAAAAAGUAUGCGAUAGAAACAAUGUAGUUAUUAGCCCGGUAAAAUUCUCGGCAUUUCUCGUCCUGUCGUUUUCUCUGCUAAGUCGUAUUGAAAGUAAAAGAUUUAUAAAAGAUAUAUCUACCAAAUUAACUUUUUUUUAUUAAACAUUGAAGUAAAAUGUAUGAACCAAUUGCAACAACAGAAAAAUCACAAAAGAUCGAAGCGAUAAACAAAGAAACGAUACAUCGUAUUUGUUCUGGACAGGUAGUGAUCGAUCUCUCAAUUGCUGUAAAAGAAUUAGUUGAAAAUAGCUUAGACAGUGGAGCUACAAUUGUUGAUGUAAAAUUAACAGAUUAUGGAAAAACAUGUAUAACUGUCUCAGACAAUGGAAGUGGAGUUGAAGAACAAGAUUUUGAAGGAUUAGGUUUAAAACAUUAUACGUCUAAACUCCGCGAAUUUUCGGACUUAACAGAAGUAAAUACAUUUGGAUUUCGUGGAGAAGCUCUAAGUUCAUUAUGUGCAUUAGGUGAUUUAAGUAUCGUAACCAGGCAUUUGAUCAAUGAACACGGAUUUAAGUUAGAAUUUGAUAGGAAUGGUUUAUUAAAAAAGAAAGAAAUAUGUGCCAGAGAAAAAGGAACAUCGGUUCAUGUAAAAAAUAUAUUUAAAAAUCUUCCAGUAAGAGCAAAAGAAUUUCAUAGAAAUAUAAAAAAGGAAUAUACACGUACUAUUCAAAUACUAUACAGUUACUGUUUAGUUUCCGUUAAUGCAAAAAUAACAUGUACGAAUACAAUCUCGGGAAAAUCUUCUAAUCUUAUCAUAAGCACGGCAAAUGCAGAUAGCGUUCUUAAAAAUAUUAUUGCUGUUUUUGGUAAAAAAUCUGUUGACGGUUUGAUCCAAAUUGAAUUACAACCGCCUGAUGAAACAACUCUGGAAGAAUACAAUCUACCGAAUAAUUCUAAGAUAGACUUUGAUUGGGAAUGUUAUGUUAGCAGCUGUGAUCAUACCUGUGGUCGUUCUAGUCCUGAUAGACAAUUUUUUUAUGUAAACGGACGACCUUGUGAUCUUACAAAAAUAAAUAAACUAAUUAACCACAUAUAUCAUAAAUAUAACAAUAAACAAUAUCCUUUUAUAUUUUUGAAUUUAAAAUUAAAUCAAGAAUGCGCCGAUGUUAAUGUUACACCAGACAAAAGAACUAUUUUGUUCACACAAGAAAAAAUAAUUUUAGCCUCUAUUAAAUUUAAUCUGAUAAAAAAAUGGGAAUCCAUGCAAGGAAAUUUUACUGUAAAAGCAUUGACAGAAUUAAAUUUUGGAUUCAAAAGAGUAGCUUCUAAUACUUACGAAGAUCCACCAGCAAAAAGAAUACAAAUUUUUCAUAGAUCUGAAAAUGUUGAAAAAAAAGAUGAAAAAGAAACGCACGUAAAAACAAAUAAUGCUUUUGAAGAAAACAACGAAGUUGUAGAAAAAUUGUUAAACAUUGAGAUACCUAUCAAUAUAGAAAAAGUAAAAGAAAAAUUUUAUGAAAAAAAGAAUGCAUCUAAGAAUGAUGUUAUUAAAAAAGGAAAAUUGAAGUACAAAGUACGAAUAGAAGCUGAUCAGAAUAACGAAGCUGAGAAAGAACUACAAAGAGAACUUACCAAAGAAUCAUUUACAAAGAUGGAGAUUAUAGGACAAUUCAAUUUAGGUUUUAUUAUAGCUCUGUUAGAAAAUGAUCUUUUCAUAAUUGAUCAGCAUGCAACAGACGAAAAGUUUCGUUUUGAAAAAUUAAGUAAUGAGACGAAACUGAAAACACAGAAAUUAAUUAUUCCUAAACCUUUAAAUCUUUCAUCUUUAAAUGAAACUAUUCUCAUAGAACAACGAGAAAUAUUCGAAAGUAAUGGUUUCGAAUUUAAAAUAAAUACCGAAGGUAACGUCGGACAACGUGUAGAAUUAAUCGGAAUGCCAGUUAGUGGUGGCUGGCAAUUUGGACAAGGAGAUAUAGAAGAAUUAAUUUUUUUGAUCAAAGAAGGAGUGAUAGAAAAUAAAGUUUCUUCGGAAAUCCCUCGUCCAAGUCGAGUUCGGCAAAUGUUAGCAUCAAGAGCAUGUCGUAGCGCAGUUAUGAUCGGUACUGCGUUAAAUAAUACAGAAAUGCAGAAAUUAAUGAUACAAAUGAGUCAAAUGAAAAAUCCUUGGAAUUGUCCACAUGGUAGACCUACAAUACGACAUCUAUUUUCUUUAUUUUUAAUGAAUAGAUAGCAUUAAACAGAUGUUUUACCUAAGAGAUACAAGAGUCAAUCGAGAAAUAAAUUUUUUACUCUUGAAUAAGUAGCAUUUUGUAAUACUUAUAAUAACGUAUUACAAAAGUGGCAUAAUUACUUUAAAAUUACGUUAAAAUUAAUUAAAAAGCACGAAGGAAAUUACAAAAAGUAUAUUCUUUUGAAUAUUUUGACAAUAUAUAAUUAAAAUUAUAAAUUCAUUAGACACUAAUAGUACGAAAUAUAUUGUACCCAGAAUGUGCCGUCGAUAUUAUAGUACCAGGACACUGUGGAUGCCAAUGUAAUUCCUUAAUGUCUGUUUGACCUUGAUGUAUAAACAAUAACUGUGGAGGUAAAUCUGUUAUUUCAUUGUCUUUGGAUUCUUCCGAAUGAUCUACUUCUACUGACAGAUCCCAUUGCGCGAUUUGAUCAUCUGCACCACCUGAUGCAAACACAGUGGCUUCUUGAGGAUGCCAUUCUACGGUUGUUACAGGUGCGGUGUGUUGUUUAAAAGUUGCAAGAGGAGUUGAUCCAUUUGGACUAAAUUCCCUCAAGUCCCAUAUGCAAAGUAAUCCAUCAUCUCCUCCAGACACAAGGAAUUGAUUUUCUUUGCGAUUCCAAGAAAUAACAUUAAUAUCUGCAGUGUGUGUUCCAGAGACCGAUAGCAUACACGCGGAUUGUGGGCUGACCCUUGUAUCCCAUAUCUUUAUACUAUACAGAAAGAAAAUCUCUUUCAAUUGGAAGCACGUACUAAUAUUUUUAAGUAAUAUAUAUAAUAGAAAACCUUUUAUCGACCGAACAAGAAGCCAAAACAUUUCUUUCAUUAGGAGACCACUGAAUAUCUUCUACGCUAUAUGGUGCAUGUGAAUUAUACGGCCUUUGAUCGACUUGCCAAGUUGCACUAGUAUCAUUUCCACUGAUGCGCCAUAUGUGUAUAUUACCCUUACAGUCUCCAGAAGCUAAUGUGCCUUUUUCUGUAGGACACCAAUCAAGACCAUAUCCUUCUGUAAGAUGUCCAUUAAAAGUAAACAAUGGUUUUACACCACCAUCAGGUUUCUCACAUCUUUUACGAUACGAAAGAAGCGACGCAGUAUUAUCAACUGCUUUUAAUUGUUCAUUCAAAUUCCAAAGGUUUACUCGACCUAAUUCACUCCAACUUGCUGCUAACGUUGUAUGUUCAAUUUGUGUACAUCUAAAAAUUUUGUUAUGGUUGCAUUUUAUAUAAACGUAUUAAUAAUAAUAUGUAUUUGAAAUUA